AUGCCUAGAAACUCACCUAUUUUAACCCUUAACACCUCCUUUUCAAGAAAACAAACUCCGUCGACAGUGUCUACAGACCUUACUCAUUAUAUUUGUCCAAAAAUACACGUUUAA